UCGUUUGACGUUGCGUGCUUUCAGCGUUCUCAGCAACAGGAAGGAGGAGGCAUAUCUGGAACAUCGACACCGCCAACCGAACCUCGCGGUGAUAGUCCACUCCGUAAUUUAGCUGCGUUAAGUAAUGGUCGUGAACGUCACACCCCUCCUGUAAAUCAACAGCAACAGUCAGCUCCAUCUGCAACUGCUACCAUUGUUCCAAGGAAGAGGCCUGCAAGUCACGGUCUGGAAGCUGCCCUAACGGGUCACUCGAGUACGGAUGCGCUAUUGGCAGCGAUUCGUGCUACUACAAACGAAGCAACUGGAGAGCCUUCACCUGACGGUGGUAGUCCAUUGGAGGAGGGCUACGAUGACGACACAGAGGAUGGUGGUAUAGCUGAGACAAUGGCACAAAUUUUCGCUGCAUCCAAGAAGCGACUAAGAGCUGAGCUGGAUGCGUCUGACAAUAAUGUCAUGCAUACUGAUGAUAGUUUGAUGACGGCUACCAACGAUGAAGCGCACGAUCCGGCAGAUAUUCUCGGUAAUGUGGCGGCAAUGUUCAACGCUGAAGAUAUCGAUGUGAAUGGCUUGCGAAGACGAAGUGUUAACGGAGUGUAUAGC